AUGCAAGCGUCGUUGCUAGUAUUGGUUGGGUGCGUGCUGCUUGCGACGGAGACUGCAGGAUUUACUCAUCAGAAGCCACUGGUCCGUCGAAAAGAUGACCAUGUUGAAGUGGCCAAGUCGUUAGGCUGGAGUCAGACGCAUCGUGAAGACGACCCGACAGCGAUCGAUGCAGAUAUUCUACCUGACUACUGGGAGCCGCACGUUGGCGUGCUCUUCGAAGUUGACCCUCGAGUGCCCACCAACGGAGCAGAGCCGCCGGAGCAGCUUGUCAAGGUGACCGACCGAAGGCACAAGUUCCCAGUAUUCGCUACGAUAUGCUCGCUUACUUUCCUUGCCACCGUGAUCACACUUCUUAUCGUCUGCACUAGCUAG